AUGCGUUUGUCAUUACACGAGUGGCGUAAACAGUUUACUUAUUUUAAACGAAACAAUUUUAAAGAGUUACAAAAAGUUCGUGGUAUUGUUAAUACGAUUGCAUUUUUUAUUGUUUGGGGAUACGCAGGUUAUUUUAUUGCCAAUAGAGCUGAUAAAUCGGCGAAAGAAACAGGUAUUCCACAUAGUGUACAAGUUGCAAAAUUAACAGGGAGUAGAUAUAUUACCAAGUGGAAUUUAAAUACCGGUGAAAAAGAACAAAUUGAAAGCUAUUUUGAUUCAAUCAAUAGAUAUGAUUAUGUCAAAUGUCAUAGAUUUGAUUUAGAAUAUUAG